AUGAACCAAGGAAGUCCUUGGAAUCUUUUGGGGGGAAAAACAACCUUGGUGGACUUUGAUGUUCAUCCCACCGGUUGUGUCUUUGUUCUAGUUGAAGACCCCGAAUUGGCGGCUGAAGAAGAAGGGGGCUGUGGGGAAUCAGAAGACAUCUUAGGAGAGGCUGAAGCAGAAGGUGGUGAGAGGGAUGAGAACCUCAAAGACCCUUGGCAAGGAAUAUCUCCUCUGGUCAACGGGACGAGGAAUGGUGCUGCCAUUGCGGGAGGAGCUUCAACCCCAGAGCUCACUCCAUCUCUAGCUGAAAGGAGCCAAGAACUAUGGUCCACCCAGCAGGGUCAGCUUGAUGGAGGACUCCAGGUGACCGAUUCCACUUCACCCUCACCUCUGCCUGAGGGUGACCUAGCAGAUAACGGACCUCCUCAAAGCAUGGAGCAAUCUCCUGGAGAAGAUUUCAGCACCACGGAGAGCUCAGCAGAGAACGGAGAGGGUGGUGGCCAGGAAAGCCACCGAGAACCUGAAGGAGAACAUGUCCUGCUACACGGAAUGGCAUCCACCACCAGCCAG